AUGCGGGCAGCCGAGGUGCCCACGCGUGUCGGCGGCCGCUCACCCCCCCGCAGCCCCCCCCUCUUCUCCAGCGCGGCGGAAGGCGGCGGGGGGGGUUCCCGCGCGUGUCCCCGGUUCCCGCGUGGGUCCGGUGCGACCGCGGCGGCUUCCGUACACCCGGGGGACCGGCUCCUCGGCGGGGGGCAGCGCCCACGCGAGUUCCCCCUCGGCCCCGUGAGUGAUUCCCCGCCGAGCUCGGUGUCCCGGGGCCGGGCCCGGUACCCGGUGCCGGUCCCCGCUCCCGGGGACGCUCCGGUUGAGUGCGGCGGCCGCGACAGGCUUUCUCAGCGCGGUCUCUGUGGCGCAAUCGGAGGCGACCGAGGGUGGACACGGCGAGGGGGGCGACAAGCGGCGGUGACCGGUCCCGGCCCCCGGUGGGGGCGAGCAGGGGGAUUUUUCACCGUGCGGUGUUUGGAGGGGGGCUUUCCCCGCUCUCCUGGGGGGCUCCUCGCCCUCAGGGCCCGGGCUGAGCUGGACGGGUUGAAGUCUAUUAUGUCAUAUAACGGCGGGGGGGUAAUGGCCAUGAAGGGGAAGAACUGCGUGGCCAUUGCGGCAGACCGGAGGUUUGGGAUUCAAGCACAGAUGGUGACCACAGACUUCCAGAAGAUUUUCCCUAUGGGAGAAAGGCUGUAUAUCGGGUUGGCAGGACUGGCCACGGACGUGCAGACGGUUGCCCAGAGGCUGAAGUUCAGGCUGAAUCUCUACGAGCUGAAGGAAGGCAGGCAGAUCAAACCUCAGACUUUUAUGAGCAUGGUUUCCAACCUGCUGUACGAGAGACGGUUUGGACCUUACUACACGGAACCGGUCAUUGCCGGGCUGGACCCUGUAACACACGAACCUUUCAUCUGCUCCCUAGACCUGAUCGGCUGCCCCAUGGUCACCGAGGACUUUGUGGUGAGCGGUACCUGCUCCGAGCAGAUGUACGGCAUGUGUGAGUCCCUCUGGGAGCCAGACAUGGAACCCGAUCACCUCUUCGAAACCAUCUCGCAGGCCAUGUUGAACGCAGUGGACAGAGAUGCCAUCUCUGGCAUGGGCGUGGUAGUACACAUAAUUGAAAAAGACAAGAUCACCACCAGGACCCUGAAGGCUCGCAUGGACUAGCCCAGCGUCUGCUCACACGUCUCACACCCCAGUCUGCUCGGAACUUUUUUAAAUAAAACUCUAUUGUAGUGAA